GAAUCGACAACUUCUUUCCCUGCAUCCCCUGCUGCCACUAGUUCUUGCUGUUUGUUCUUCUCCUCUCGACCCCCCACCCUCCUCUGUAAUCAACGACCAGCUCUUCCUACCACUCACGCGCCUCCACACAUGCUUCGACCAUGGCUACGCCAAUGCCCCAGAGCUGCCCGCUCUCUCGCUUGUCCCCAUAGUCGCCAGUCCUGUAUCUCUCGGCCACGUUUGCCCCCCUCGGAUGCCAUCUCACCUUCUUUAUCGCUAUCUCCCCGAGUUAGGCAUCUACAGACAUCCACCACGGAGCCCGAGGACCGCAUCCCCCUCCGAAAGCAGCUCAAACAAGGUGCCAAGGCCCUGAAGGCUCACAAGCGCCAGAGGAGGGAGAGCGAGGAAGCAUCCCGGCAAAAAUGGGAAUUGACCGUGGGGAUUGAGAUCCACGCGCAAUUGAAUACCAAGUCCAAGCUGUUCUCGAGUGCCUCGACGUCAUCCACCGACCUGCCCAAUUCCAAUGUCGCUCUCUUUGAUCUGGCCUUUCCGGGCAGUCAACCCAAAUUCCAAAUCCCAACUCUCCUUCCUGCCCUGCGCGCCGCCCUGGCGCUGAACUGUGAUAUCCAGACGGUUAGUCGGUUUGACCGGAAACAUUAUUUCUACCAGGAUCAGCCGGCUGGCUAUCAGAUCACCCAAUACUAUGAACCCUUUGCGCGAGCCGGCUACGUCGACCUCUUCAGCCACGACGGUAUUGCGCCGGAAGAUGGAGACCAGGUUCGCAUUGGCAUAAAGCAGGUCCAGCUUGAACAGGAUACGGCCAAAUCCCAAGAAUACCCUCCCUCGACGCAGCUACUCGAUUUCAACCGUGUCUCCCACCCGCUCAUCGAGAUUAUCACCAUGCCCCAAAUCCAUACACCCGCCACGGCUGCGGCGUGUGUUCGAAAGAUCCAGGCUAUUCUCCAAUCGUGCAAUGCCGUGACAACGGGUAUGGAAUUUGGGGGUCUCCGAGCCGAUGUCAACGUGUCCAUCCGCCAGCGGGGGGAAAUUGAAGGCACCCAUCAAUACGGAGGAAUCGGCGGCCUCGGUCAACGCACCGAGAUCAAAAACCUGAGCAGUUUCAAGGCAGUGGAGGACGCAAUCAUCGCCGAAAAGAAUCGGCAGAUCGCCGUCCUUGAGAGCGGAGGAGUGGUGGAAGGAGAGACACGCGGAUGGACGAUUGGAAGCACGGAGACGCGGAAACUCCGAGGCAAAGAAGGCGAGGUGGACUAUCGAUAUAUGCCUGACCCCGACAUUCCGCCGCUCUUUAUUGGCAACGAUCUCGUGGCCGAGCUGAGGAACACGUUGCCGGCGGCCUCGGACGAGCUGAUCGGAGUGUUGACGGAUCCCGCAUACGGUCUCCCCAUUGAGGAUGCCAAACCGUUGAUCGAGCUGGAGGACGGAGCACGACUGGAAUACUACCAGGAUGUGGUAGACAUCUUGCACGGUCUGCAACAGGAUCAGGAUCCCAAGACCCGGGCAACCCUAGGGCGCGUAGCAGGUAACUGGGUUCUUCACGAGCUCGGGGGGCUGCUGACCAAGGCGGACCUGGCCUGGGACUCGGAGCGCGUUCCUACGCAGACUCUCGCCCACAUUAUCGACCAGCUGCAGCGCAAACGGAUCACCGGCCCGACAGCCAAGCAAGUGCUAGCCAUGGUGUUUGACGGAGACCCGCGGCCAGUUCCCCAACUCCUUGAGGAGGAGAAUCUACUCCUCCGACCCCUUUCCCGGGAGGAGUACGUGGCUCUAGCCGAAGCCGCGAUUGACCAGAACCCUCAGAUGGUCGAGCAGAUUCGCAGCAAGAACCAACUAGGAAAGCUGGGAUGGUUUGUGGGACAGAUGAUGCGCACGGGAGAGAAAGGUCGCGUAGAAGCACCCAAGGCCGAUGCGAUUCUGCGGGAGCUGAUUCUGGGGGGCAGCCCGGGGGCGUGAAGGAAUCCCCGAUCCAUGUAUAGAUAGUGUCACCCAAGUUGGCCGUGUAGGAUAGAUAGAUAAGGUACACCACAUAGGAAUGAUACCCACGAAAGAACCACCC